UGAGUUCGCCCAGCCCACCUUGUGCCCUCCGCCCUGCUCUGCCGGCCCCCGUCUGCGGCUGCCGCUCACCUUAACGCGGGUCCCCAGCAAAACGGCUGCUCUGCCCUGCCAGCCAGGCUGACGCUGCAGCCGGACCUCUCCUUAGUGCGGUUUUGGGGUUUGGGUUUUGAGAUUCUAAAGAAGAACUGCUCAGCGGAGCCGGGUCUGAGGUUGUAGGCUCAGAAGCAGGUUGGGCACAGGAGGCAGAGAGCUGCAGUAAGGCCUGGAAGGGCACCUCGUUAAGCAGAGCGCCCAGGGCAGGGCACGGGCUGCUGGCUGCGUGCUCAGCCGUAGCCCUGGGUAACCAGGCCAUGCCUGUUCUGGGGAGCAGCCCCCUGGGGCGAUGCUGUCCCGGCUCCUCAGUGCCAUUCUGGGACCUCUUCCAUUCCCAUCUGCCCAGCAGCAGCAGCCCAGGGAGCUCUCCUUCCCACGCCGUGAGCUCAGCCUGCUGCUGCGAUGCAACGAGCUUUUUUUGCUCAUUGCCUCUCCGCAGGACUUAGCUGUGGCCUCUUCUUGCUGAUUUCUAAUCUCUCAUUCCCUCUUCUGGAUAGGAAAACUGAAAGGGGAAAAACAAAGCCGCGUUCUCUUUUUGCCCGACCCCCAAGUCAGCCAAUUUCUGCUCAAGUAAUGCAUCCACGUCUCGAGUGAGGGGAAGAAUUUGUUUUGCAAUUUCUGAGCGUGGGAUCUUGAUAACGAUGUUUGUAUACGAGCCUGCAGGCUGCAAGUUACACCAAAGUUUGGGAAGAAGCUGUAUGUGUCCUUGCAACAGUGCCUCAGGGCUGUGAGCAUCCUCUGGCGACCCAGCAAUGCCAGCAGGGGUAGAUUGGGGCAUCCAUCAGGCUGAUGGAGAAGCUGCAGAGUGGGUUAAUUAUUGGAGUAAUUGAUACAUUUAAUGUUUCCCUCCACAGGAACAAAGGGAGGCAGCCUGUGGGAAGGUGAAGUGUUCUUGGAGAGCUGAUUGCACUGAGCAGACUGAGACUUCCACUUGUGAAGACUGGGAAGGAAUAAAGCAGGCAAUUUUUGCAGGCAGGAAAAGAAGAGACAUUAAAAAGAUUUGUUCUUACUGCAGUGUAUUAACCUUACACCCCCACCCUAGGGAGGAAAAAUGGAUUCUCACAGAAACCUUUACUCAUCUCUGCAGUGUUCUGGUGCAGGGACCUGGCUGCAUGCUGGGCAAUUUACCCAUUUGCAAUCUGAGAGAACUCCCAUUCCUAAACCCCUGCAGCCCCAGCCCUCAAUAACCAGCUCUUGUGCUGCAAAAACCACCUGGGCACCGGGGGCUCUCCCUUUGGGAUGCUCAGCCCCAUCUCCCCCAGCCCCUUCCCAGAGGGUGGCGCAGCACUCAGGAGCUUUUGCUGCCCCCCCACAUCCAACUGGGGCAGCAGGCUGGGCUGGGGGGCCCUUCUGCUGGCGGUGCAGAUUUCAGUGUUUAUCCCCACGGAGCAGCCUGCGAGGGGCUGGGCGGGAGCUGGCCACCGGCCCCGGAGCCCUCCUCCUCUUCCUCCUCCUCCUCCCUCGGGGGGAGGGAGAGCACGGAGCAGCACAGACGGGCUACUGGCUCCCGAGCAAGACGGAGGUGAAGCUCUCUCGUCCCACCUGCAUCCUCCUAGAGCGUCUCAUUGCUGGCUCCUUGGCACCCCUCGUGCUCUGCGUGCCCCCCUUUGGGCAUCCUGGUGCACCACUCUGCAGUGCUCCCUGUGCUCCCCCUUCUCCGCGCACCCCUGGCCAUGAACGGGUCGGCAGCAGGUUCGGAUGAGGGCUGGCAUCCCGAGUCGGUGCUCAUCCCCCUGGCAUACCUCCUCAUCUUCCUCGUGGGCACCGUGGGCAACUGCCUGGUGCUGGCGGUGCUGCUGCACAACGGGCAGGUGAAGAACACCACCAACCUCUUCAUCCUCAACUUGGGGGUGGCCGACCUCUGCUUCAUCCUCUUCUGCGUCCCCUUCCAAGCCACUAUCUACACCCUGGAGGGAUGGGUGUUCGGGUCCUUCCUGUGCAAAGCCGUCCACUUCUUCAUCUACCUCACCAUGUACGCCAGCAGCUUCACCUUGGCCACCGUCUCCCUUGACAGGUACUUGGCCAUACGAUAUCCCCUCCACUCACGGGAGCUGCGGACGCCCAGAAAUGCACUGGUGGCCAUCUGCUUCAUCUGGGCACUCUCCUUCAUUUUUUCGAGCCCUUACCUCAGCUACUACCAACAGUUCCAGCUGGCCAACCUGACCGUCUGCCACCCGGUCUGGGCCAUCUCCCAACGUAAGGUCAUGGAUCUCUGCACCUUCAUCUUCAGCUACAUCAUCCCGGUGCUGAUCCUCAGCCUCACUUACACACGGACCAUUCGCUACCUGUGGAGGUCUGUGGAUCCUCUCCAAGAGAUGUCGGAGUCCAAGAAAGCCAAGAGGAAGGUCACCAGGAUGAUCAUCAUCGUGGCCGUCCUGUUCUGCCUCUGCUGGCUGCCCCACCACCUGAUCAUCCUCUGCGUUUGGUUCGGGUAUUUUCCCCUCAACCACGCGACGUACGUUCUGCGCAUCCUCUCCCACCUCAUCUCCUACGCCAACUCCUGUGUCAACCCCAUUGUCUAUGCCUUGGUCUCCAAGCAUUUCCGCAAAGGCUUCAAGAAGAUCUUCGUCUGCCUCUUGCACAAGAAGGCAGCCAACAAGGUGCACGUGGCCCAGGGGACCAACACCGUCAGCGUGCUGGAGGCAGAGCUCAGCGAGGUGACACGGCUCAGUGAGGCCGGGCCUGGCUGCUCCUCGGUGUGCUGCAGAGCUCAGCCCUGGGGGGAGGCAGGGCCUGGGGGAUGUGGGCAGAAAGCUGAUGGCUCCUUCAUCACCUUCCACGUCACCUAGCAGUGCUCCCGUCACGCUGUAUUUUGCAGUCUCCUGCAGUAUGGCAGGCCUGGGGAUGGACCGCGUUUUGGUUUGUGUCAAAUCUUCUCCUUUUCCCUUCAAACUUUCCCAAACAUCAGAACUGUUGGAACGACGCUGAUUCCUAUGGACUCAGCCAGAGAGCCAAGUGUAGGAUUUGCAGAGAGCAGGGAGAUCCAAACCCCAAAUCAAUUUUAAUGUAGGAUCACCUGUUCCUCUGCUCCCUGCUGCAUCUACGCCUGGUCACUCACGAGAGCUCUGACCUCCAACCACAGCAGCCUUUGGCUUUUACUGUGGUGCAGGCGAGGCCCCAGAAGUCUACAAAGACUGAUGGGGAGAUGGAGACUGGGUGCUGGGGCCUCUUGGAAGAGGUCCCAGUGCCAGAAAUGUCAGGUGGGACACUGAGAUCAGCACUGGGGAAGUGUGGGCCCUUGAGGCAGGGCUCAGACCUCAGCCCAGGCACUGCCCUUCCACUGGGGAAGAAGCCACGCAGCCCAAGCAUUACGUCCCCACAGAGCAAGGUUGGGCUGCAGGGCCCCAUGAGGUCCAUGUGCUGCAAUAAAGACCUAAAGGCUUCUAUCCUGCAGAUCGUGUCACCUCCCUUAGGAUACCCUGCAACCCCCUCCUCCAUUUCCCUCCUGCUCGAUGCAAUUGGGGCUGGGAUGAAGCUACUCCUUACUUCACUUUGCUUUGCUCACCUCUGGGAUGAGGGAUGCUAAGAGGCUGGGGGAGAAAUCAUGGGCAGAGGAGAGGACUCUUGAAAACACAGCAUUAGGACACACUGGGAGGGCUGUGACCCUGCAGCCCCGCUCCUCCUUGGUACUGCACUGUCCCCCUUCCAAGGCUUUGCCUUCCUUCCCCUGCUGUCAAACACUCAUUUUCCCCCGCUGAGUGUUAUUAUAAUCAGUUUCCUGUCCCCACGUGGAGGGCCAGAAACCAGCCCCUGCCUCCUAUCAAUAACAAUUAUAUUUAGUCUAGGCCUGCUAACAGCAUAAGUCACAGAAUGUGAUUAUAUAAACAGCGCCAUUACUCAUAUCUGUAUUCACCACCCCUGCUGAACCCUUUCCAGCCAGGGAAGCAUUGCAACAGCCACACCAGCUCAGCUCAAAGCCUCCUCCUGCCCUCAGCACCCUGCACCAUGGGGUGCAAUCCCUGCUCGUGCCAGGGACAGAGACAUUGUCCUACCAUCUCCUCCCUGCCCCAAUAACACGUUCCCCAUGCUGGCAUGGCUGGGUGCUGCUGCAGAGGAGAUACCAGUGACAAAAGGAAGGCUGUCCCCCAGGGAGCUGCUCAGGAACCACCUUCAGCUGGAGACGUGGGAAAGCAGCGCUGUGAUGCUGCAGUCAAACACAGGAUCAAUACAUACACGUAUGUGGAGGUGCAAAAAUAUCAGCAAAGAAAGGACAAGCAAUCUUUUAACCUAACAAGAAAUGAUUUAGUGAACAAGGAGAAUGAUUUGCAGGAACUUUCAAGCACAUCCAUUAAUUACGUUUAACAUAACCUUCCCAAAAAUGACUCCAGUGACUCAGUGUUGCCUGGCUCCUCUGGCUGGUGGGUGCCAGUAGAGCUGAGAUGGAGCUGCACUUGGAGACACAGCACAUUGUGCCACUACCAUCCCUGCAUUGAAGAGCACAUCCCAAAAUUCACGUGGAUCCGCUGACCUCCUGUCUCUUCCUCUUCCAGCAGCCCAAGCCCACUCUUCUGACACCUCCUUGCAGGUGGGAUUUGAGUUAAACAAAGUCUCAUGCUCCUCGUGAUCUCUGCAGUGCGACAUAUCCGCCCCCUGCCCUCCCUGUUUUAUGGAUCCUCACCUGCUGAUCCAUAGCUGCUUGCUUACAAGCAACGAGAUGGAAGCCUGUGCUGGCUGCUGGAUCAUUACACCAUUUACAGGAUGGUGCAGAAAUAGAGCAGAUGCUCCACUGCCUCUGUGACUGCUGCCAAGGGCUUAUAAGCAACACAAACCCAGAGAGGUGGGAAAGCUUGGAAUCAAGCAUCUGUGUACAAAGGUGCACACAGAAGGAGUGGAGAUGCCACAAGCAAAGAGGAAAUGUGAGAUGCUGAGCCCCAGCAUCUUAAAGUUUAAUAAAAUGUAAAGGUUAAAGUUUAAUAAAAGCGAAUUCAAUGGGGAGAAGGAAAUAAAUAAUCUAAAUUCAGCUUUCACCAAGCCCAGCAGAACUCACAGAAACAAGACUGAAAGCUCAGGUUAACGUGAGAGCUUGCCAGAGUACAGUUUUAAUGCUGUUUUUCCAGGAAUUGCUUUUAAAUGCUUACCGUGUCAAAUUUCCUGCCUGGUAUCGCAAUGGAAUCCAGGGGGGGGCUGAGGUUUUUGAGCCCCCACCCUGCUUUCU